UCGCCGAGGAACAAGGAAGGCGCUGCAGUUGGCGGUCGGGCUAGACAAGAGAGGCGCCUGCGCCCGCGCCUGCGAGCUGGGCUUGUGAGUGGGGCUGCCCAGCGGGCAGGCGUGGGGCGAGGCCGAAGGACUGAACCCGCAGGAGCGUCACGGGCGCCGGGGCGGCUGCCGACGGCGGGCCUGGGUCAGUGAGAAGCCCGUGGACCCCCGCCCUGCCUGCUACUCCCAUCCUCGCCUGCUGCGCGCUCCACGGGGGACGACCUCCGGUUGGGUCCGAUGCCUACCCUCGGGGUGGAGCCGGCAGGUUUUCUAUCAGAUGUUCCACGUAAUAAUGCUGGAGUUAAGAAGUUUCCAUUAUUUUGCUCCAAAACAGAAGACUCUGUUCCCUGUAUAUAGAAUAGGAGUAAUGUUUGAAAACAACUGGCUGGUGUUUAAGACUGAAGAUUGUCGUGAUUGUUUAUCCUAAUCCCAAUGCUGAAGUAAGAUUGUCUUGGAAAUACUAAGUUGGGAUAAUCCAAAUCUACUUCUGGAACCAUGAAAAUUUUGCUAGUUUUUGACUUUGACAAUACGAUCAUAGAUGACAAUAGUGACACUUGGAUUGUACAAUGUGCUCCCAACAAAAAACUUCCUAUUGAACUACGUGAUUCUUAUCAAAAAGGAUUUUGGACAGAAUUUAUGGGCAGAGUCUUUAAGUAUUUGGGAGAUAAAGGUGUAAGAGAACAUGAAAUGAAAAGAGCAGUGACAUCAUUGCCUUUCACUCCAGGGAUGGUGGAACUCUUCAACUUUAUAAGAAAGAAUAAGGAUAAAUUUGACUGCAUUAUUAUUUCAGAUUCAAAUUCGGUCUUCAUAGAUUGGGUUUUAAAAGCUGCCAGUUUUCAUGAUGUAUUUGAUAAAGUGUUUACAAAUCCAGCAGCUUUUAAUAGCAGUGGUCAUCUCACUGUGGAAAAUUAUCAUACUCAUUCUUGCAAUAGAUGCCCAAAGAAUCUUUGCAAAAAGGUAGUUUUGAUAGAAUUUGUAGAUAAACAGUUACAACAGGGAGUGAAUUAUACACAAAUUGUUUAUAUUGGUGAUGGUGGAAAUGAUGUCUGUCCAGUCACCUUUUUAAAGAAUGAUGAUGUUGCCAUGCCACGGAAAGGAUAUACCUUACAGAAAACUCUUUCCAGAAUGUCUCAAAAUCUUGAGCCUAUGGAAUAUUCUGUUGUAGUUUGGUCCUCAGGUGUUGAUAUAAUUUCUCAUUUACAAUUUCUAAUAAAGGAUUAAUAUGCCAGCAAUUGAAAAGUGUAUCACUUAAGAUUAGGUUCAGCAGCAUAAAACUAAAACCCCAAAUACCAGAGGCUUAAAAAAAACAGACAGAGAAUUUUUUUUUCCUCUCACAUAAAAGAAUUCCAGAAGUAAGUAUUUCAAGUUGCUGUAUUAGUCUACCAACCUCAGCACUUGGCAUUCAAGCCUUGAUCCAAGGUUGCUGGUGAAGCUCUAGCCCUCACAGCAGCACUCUGGCCAGCAAGGAGGGCAGUGAGAAAGUUACAUUCCCUGUCUAAAGAAAUUUCCCAGAAGUUGUACCCAAUACUUCUAUUGAAGUAUCAUUGGCCAAAUUUAGUCAUAAUGCCUUACUUGUAAAUAGCAAGGAAAGAUGGAAAAUACAGCUUUCAUUCCAGGUAGUCACGUGCCCAGGAAAA